CCUUCCAUCUCUGCUCUUCAGUUACUUCCUAAUCCAUGGAAGCUCUCAUCAUGGGGAAGUGCAGGAAGGCACGCCCUCAUCUGUCUACAGCGUCCACUCCAUUCAACAGAAGAUGGCUCGUUACACCCUCCCCACCUCCGCACUCAGAUGCCUUCUAUCUUUUGACCUUUCCUUGAUAUGCGACCCUUCAUUCUCAUUUACUACUUCGGCGAUUGGUUUGAAAAGAUGGACUCUCACCCUCAAACAGUUAUCAGCCCAGUCCUCCCCUCUCUCUACCAAGAGCCAGCGCACGUAUAUCCUGGUUACAUACAUGUGUACACAAUUACUGAACUGUACUGACCUUGUACCUGCGCGCAGGCCGCCCAAAUACACUGUAUUGGACCACCUUAUCGUGAACAUUCCCUCCCACACUCGGCGAGUUCUCUACCUAAAACCUGCCAUGGUACUAGCACCCCAAAUUCACAUCGUUGACCUGACGAAUUCCGUUUACCUGCCAUCCCACGGCCUGACGGGCACCUACCGAUAUUAUGUUCGGAAGACUAUGAAAAGGCACUCGCUUAUACCAGAUUGGACAUGUUAUAAACACCAAUGGCCUGGUUUGAACUACAGCAUUCGAAAUGCCGCGGGCGAUCAUGUCGCGAAGUGGAAACGCCAGGGAGGUUUCAAGCGCAAAGUCACCCUUGACUGCUAUGAUGAAUCGACACACUCGCCUCAUGCUAUUCUUGUCCGUGAUGAGCAUUGGUACUCGAACAACCAGAAGUUCACCGUGAAUUCUCAGACAUAUCUUUGGGAGGUGGACAGCUUCUGGGCUCGCAGAAAAAUGACUCUAUACAGAAUCUGUAAUGUCGGUUUUCAGACGAAGAUAGCGGUGGCAAAGUGUGCGGUAUAUCGGUGGGGUGGUGGCUCUGUUGUGGUGGUGGAUGACAGGAAUGUCGAUGUGCUUGUGGCCUGUCUGACCAUUUCCAUAAUGUUGCAGAAGAUGCGGGAAAGAGGGUAA